CAGCACUCUCCCCCCCCCCGAUUUUUCCCCUUCAGCCCCUCUUCUGCUGCUACUACAGUAGCUUGAUCCCCCCGGACCAGUAAAUUUCUGCCCCCUGCUCAGACCCUGACAGCCCCCCCACUGCGAUUUGUCCCCCUUAAUCCUUUUAAACCCCUCCAAAGAGCAGGCAGCAAGCAGAAGUAAAGGCAGAGAGAGGGCAGUGGCAACAGCGAAGGUUACUGGGCAUGCUCCGUUCGGGUGAGCAUGCUCAGUGCACCCAAAGUAGGGAAUUGGGAGCAGGAGCUGUUUGUGUCAUGACACGGGUCCAGUGAGGGAUGGCUGCAGCCUGCUGGGAGAAGCACAAUCAGCCCGGCCAAGCCUCCCGCGUGCUUGCCAUUGAUACAGUCAGAGUGAUUCUUGCUAAGAUGUGUUUCUUAAGCCAUAAGGCUGGCCUCCUUGGGGAAGGCCUGAUAUUUUCAAGCUGAUUAUGUGAAGUUGCCAAAAUGCCAGCUAAACGUGAGGUGCAGUUGGAAAAAUGCAUAGAUGAUGCCACAAGAAAAAAUAACUUCCAGUUAUUAGAACAAUUUCUGCAAACAGAAGGAUGUGAUAACAUUUCUCAUAAGUGCAGCAAACAGUUUUUCAACAAAUUUGACAAACUUAUAUGCCGGGAACUUGACAAACAAGAAGUCAAGAAUGUUUCAACUUUGCUAAAUUCUCUUCAGAAACAUGGUAAAAAUAUCAUCAUACCAGGUGGAGAUGGUUUUCAAGCAAUGAUCAAAUAUGGUCUUGUUGAAAAGAUGGUUAGUUGGUUUGAAAAGGCAAAAGAAAUUCUGAUAUUUAGAAGAAAUGAAAAAAAUGAAGCACUUACAAGUCUAGUUGAAGAUUUCUUCGAUGUUUUGAUGCUUGUACAUGAUACCAACAGUGAAGGUAAAAUACAAACAUUAGAAAGCUUUAUACUGAGAAUAUGUACCCUUGUAGCUGAUGUAAGAAUCAAUAUUUAUAUUCAGCAAGAGGCUGUAAGAAAACUUAAUUCAAUGCUUGAUACCAUGCCUCGAGAAGCGAGAAAAAAAAUUAUUUCCACGAAGGAAAUGUUCCUUGUCAUGAAUGAUAUGGGAAAGAGAAUUUUAGAUGCUGGAGACUAUGACUUGCAAGUAGCCAUUACUGAAGCUUUAUGCAGAAUGACAUCAGAAAAACAAAGAGGAGAACUGGCACGCCAGUGGUUUUCUAUGGCGUUUGUGACCAAUGCAUUUAAAGGAAUUAAGGACUCUGAGUUUGAAACAGACUGCAGAAAAUUUCUUAACCAGGUGAACGGAAUGCUUGGAGACAAAAGAAGAGUUUUUACAUAUCCUUGUUUGUCAGCAAUCCUUGAUAAAUAUGAGCUACAGAUACCUUUGGAUGAAAAUCUUGACGAAUUUUGGAUUGAUUUUAAUGUUGGUAGCCGAAGUAUAUCCUUCUAUGUUGCAGCAGAUGAUGAAGAUCAUCAAUGGGAAACAGUCAGCAUACCUGAAGAAGAGGUAGAAAUGUACAGUCUUGAAGAAAAAGAGUCAAAGAAGUUACUAACAAUAAUUCUAAAAAAUCCAGUAACUGUGGGUAAUCAAGAAGGGGAGCAAAUGUUCCUAUAUUUUGAUCCUGUCUUGGAAAUCAUGGAAGUGGCCAGAAAGGUUUAUGGUGCAAAUAAAUGUAAGGGAUUUACCAAGAAGCAAGCCACAUCAGUUGCCAAAACAUCAGUUCAUAUAAUUUUUGAUGAAAGUGGAUCACAGGUUCUUGUACCAGAAAGUCAAUUGUCACCUUGCUUGAAAGAAAAAUCAGGAAUGGAAGGGAAAUCCAGUAAGUCUGUAAAACAACAACUUCCUGUACAACAAAGGAAUUGGAAUAUAAAAACUAACCAAGAGAACUGCAAAAAUAUUCAAUCUAAGAUUACUACACCUACUAAAAGGAAAGUGUCUGAAGCAUCAGUGAUUGUCCCAGGUACUGGUAGACUGCCUCUGAGGAGCCCAUUGGUAUUUGUCAAUUCGUCAACUCCCCGAAAGGCCCGCUUUAAACUGCCGUUGCAAAUGAUGAGCUCUUCUGAAAAAAAUAACAUUACCAGAAUAACUGAGAGUGGAAUAAAUAAUUUAGAUCUAGAAAAUACUGGACCACAUAUAUCUUCUAUAGCUGACUCACUUAAAAGGCGUAAUGUUGCUGCAGAAAAAGGUAGAGAUGGCUCUGUUCUAGACGAUGUAUUUUGUGAGACUCAGCAGAAUACCAGCAAAACAAGAAUCAGAAAUGAGGCAAAACUAUCUGAAAAGCAGCAUAUGUCAGCUGAAAAAGUUUUGGAAAUGAUACAAAAUGAGGCAGACAGUGAGACCAGCCAAAAACAAACACUACAUGAACUAUUAGAUAUUGUUCCUGAUUCUCAGCCAGUAGGCAGAAAUGACAAACCUUUAUUGCCUGGUCUUUUGGAAAGUUCUGCUGAUGAAAAUAAAAUCUGGAAAAAACAGGCAUGCUCUGUACCUGAGAAGCUUAUAACAAAGUGUGACAAGCAGAAGAGAAGUACAUCAUCAGGACAUACAUUCCAACAAGUUCCUGGUCUCAGUGAAAGAGCUGCCAAACAAAAAGCUUUCUAUUCAAUCUUUGAAAGUACUUCUCCAAAACAACAAGCUCAGAAUAGAAAAAUAUCAAAGAAGCAACAAAAUGAAACUGAAAAACCAGAAGAAAACUGCAUAAGACACAGAGGACAAACGCUAAACAGUUCUAACCAUUUAGAACAGAAAAUACUAAGUACAGAGGCAAAAGAAGUUCCCACCACACCCAAAACAUCUUUUAAUUCAGUUUAUCCAACUAAAAUGACUGAAAAAUCUCUGGGAUAUUCAACGAAAUUAGUGUUGGCCAGAAAUUCUAAGGAAGAAGUUGAUGUUUCUCUUAGAAAAGGGACUACAAAUCAUAAAAAAUCUGAGACGGUGAUAGACUCUCAUCUUGGUUCCUCCGACUUAGCAGUAAAGGGAAUGAAAGCAAAAUCUAAAGAAAUGGCUGAACCAAUAGAAUCAAUAAUAAGUAAAAUCAGUGACAGAUAUAAACAAAAGGAUGAUAUCGAACAUGCAAGAAAAGCAAGAGAUUUUUUAGCUAAUAACAGGUCAUGUUUAAAUAAGUCUGGUUUCAAAGUCAAUAAGGAAAAAGUUCAGAAUAGAAGCUGUAGAAAUGUAAAAACUAGAGCUGUGCUUAAUAUGACUACAGGACAUAUUGUGGAUGAUGUUUACAAUUUUAACUUAAGUGGAUUUGAUGAACCUACGAUAAAGCUUGGAGUCCAAGAAUUACAUGUUACUAACCUGAAAGCUAGUACAAAUCUGACAGAAAAAAAGAAUCCUGAUGAAAGCAAAAGUACCAUCCAGAAAAAAGUAGAUAAUAAAAAUAGAACUAAUAAAAAUAAGAAGCAUCUCUUUAGUGACACUGACACAGAAUACAGAGGUGAUGACAGCAAGACAGAUAUCAGUUGGCUACGAGAGUCUAACAGAAAACCUAAACCCCAACUAAUAGACUACAGCAGAACUAAAAAUCUGAAGAAAUCUAAAAGUAUAGAAGCAACAGAUACGUUCUGUGACCCUGCAUGUCUGAUGGAUAUAUCUGAAGGGAAAAAAACAAAAAAUAAAAAGGUACCCGGUAGUAAAAAACAAAAUACAAAAGCUGAUGAGAGAAUAAAACAGACAACCAGACCAAAAUGGCCUCGAAGAGCAGCAUUAGCAAAAAAAAGUUAUAAGGAUUACUCAAAUUCAGAGUCAGAAAGUGAACAGGAAUCUUCACAGUACUUACGUCGGAAAGAAAAAUUCAGAGUACAGCAAGAGCACAAAAAUGGCCAAAACAAAGCUGUGAGUCAACACAAGGAACUACAGAACAAUGUUUCUACAGAGCCAAAAAAGGGAAUAUCAAGAAAUCAACAGCAAAUAUUUACUAAAUCAAAAGACCCUAUAAAACAAAGAAAAUUAGAAAUGUCACCAGUAGCCUCACCUGAAAGCCCAGCAUCUGUUGAGACGAUGAGAUGUGCUGAAAAAGUACCAGAGGAAACAUUUACCCAGGAACAGGUUUCCUUGAAAAGAUCAUCAUCAUCAUAUCUUCAGGACUCAACACCAGAAAAGAGGGAGUCCUUACGCAUUGUGAAAGGAAUUUCAGCUAACAAGCUUUAUACAACAAAAAAGAAUAAGCAAAGUAUACAUCUAAAACAAUCCCCUGAAAAUGUCAAAAAGUUGGUAUUUGGAAAUGAAAGUUUAUCACCAGUUUUAAGUUCACUUUCUUUGCCUAGUCUGACUCCAGUAACUAUGGACAAAGCUGUCACGAGUGGAAAAGACACAGAGGUUACUGAACCUGAGGUGGAAAUAUGUGAUAUUAGUGAGGCAGUGAAUGUUACGAAUUACCUUUCAGACAAACUCUCCAUUACCGCAGAACUGAAAGAUCUUACUAAAAAUAUGCAAAAUAAAGGAGAGGAAUCUGUACCUCCAUCUCAAUUAUACACUUCCAGUGGAAGCAGAGAACAGUCAUGGUGUGAAGAUCCCUGUGGCACCAUACAUGAAUCUGGGCCUACAGUUCAAGUGAAUCUCAAACGAAUGUACCACAGUGAUGCAGAAAGUGAUUCUGAUGAAGUGGAAAUGAAGAAGGAAGAAGAGAGAAAAACAAAGCUUCUCCCUAGAAAAUUAUUUAAAGCAGAUGAUGAUACUGUGUAUAAAGAGAAAUCCAUAAUGCAGUGUGCAAGGACUCAUUCCUUUUCCAGAAAUGGGAAGAAGUGGGGUGCAACAAACGAAAUAACUGUGUCCGAGAGCAUAUCUACUGUGUCUGUAAAUGAGUUGUCUGUUUUGGAUGGAGAGGUCUGCGACCCUGGUUGUUCAAAUAUAGGGAUAGGUCAGAAGCUCCAUAAGGAAUUUACUAGGAAAAUUCAGAGCCGCUCAAGAAGAAUGGACCACUUUACCAAGCAAUCCUUGAAAACAGCUCAGCAGCAUUUGACAACAGUGAGUUGUCAGUUGCAUGAAUGCAGGAUCAAGCAGCUGGACAAAUUUCAUUUCACCAUCGUAGAGGAGCUUGAGAGUUUUGAAAAAGAUUCCCAAUCUUUGAAAAAUAUGGAGAAAGAAUUAUUGAACUUUUGGAAAAAACAUGCACUUACGUUUAGUGCUUGCAAGAAAAAUGAACAGCGGAGGAUUCAGAUUCUUAAAACUUCAUUUGAAAAGCACAUCUCCCACAGUGUUAACUAUGAGGAAAAUAUUUUUACUUCUGAGAUGCAUCUAAUGAAAGAAGACAUGAAAGGGCUUCAAGAGAAGCUUCUUAAAGAAAUGCAUGAAGAGGAGCUGUUUAAUGUUCGCAGAGGAUUGCAGACACUGUUUCUGGCAGAAGGGAGAAAAUUCUAAUAUCGUAAAUUCAUAUAUUUUUGAAAAUGUUUGUUUAUAUUAAGAUUACUUUUUACUAAUGAGAAGUUUUGACAAUUGCAUAUUUACUGAAAGCUUUUUAAAGAAGUGCUAUUUUAAAAGGAUCUUCACAUACUAAAUUAGGAAUAUUUAUUAACAAGGGGUCAUUUUAAAAGGUUUAUUUAUUGGCAUAGAAAAGAGGAGCAAUUUGCAAUUAAAACUGAAGUAAGUGUCAUGUUUUUGAUUUGCAUGUGUACAUAGGACUGCUAUAGCAAUUAAUAGGAGCUGUGUUGUACAUACCCAGACACAGAAUUUGACCAUACAUUCUUUAGCACAUGAAAAGGAGAUCAAAUGGCAUUUUUGAAAGUUGUAUCCUAUUUACUUAUGGUAUUAGCUUUCAGUUGGAAUUUGUCAUUGACUAAAAAUGUUUUGUAAAAAUAUAUAUAUGUUUUAACCAUAUUGAAAAUGUGUAUUAAACAUUUCAGAAAAAAUAUACUUUUGUGUCUUUUUUCACAUUUACAAAUUUGUGGCAUUAUCACAAGGCCUAAGCAAACUGGUGCAUAUUUUAGGCCAUUUUGAACUCAAAGUCUCUGUAAAUCUAUGAUUGGUAAAGCUCUCUAAAACAGAUCGUCCAGGAUGGCCUGCCCUUUGUAUAGAAAUACAUCACAUUAACCAGACUAUACAUCUUCCUUUUUUUCCCCCUAAACCACACCUGACUAAAGAUGAGACAGUAUUGCACACACUCAGUGUCAAGAGGACAUUAGCUUUUUACCUGGACAGGACUAAGCCAUUUAGAAAAUCUCCCAUGUUGUUUGUGUCUAUUGCUGACAGGUCCAAGGAAUCUCCAGUUUCCAAUCAAAAACUCUCUGGAUGAAUAUCUUUUGCUAUCAUUCUAAUGAUCUCCAACCUCUUCCUAAAGUACUAGGUCUCUUUCUGCUUCAGCAGCCUUUCUUAAGAAUGUCCUCAUAACUGAGCUCUGUAGAGCUGCAACUUGUAUCUCCAUAUGCACUUUUUCUAAACAUUGUGCAGUAAUUCAGACUUGGCUUUAGAUGCCGUGAUUGGCUCUACUAUACUAUCUUCCCUUUUGGACUCUAUUCAGAACUCUAUUUCCAUUCCACUAGAGCAGUGGUCCCCAACCUCUGGAUGAUGCUGCUUGUUGGCGGCAUUUCAGCGGAUGCUCGUCCAUUGGCCAGUACGCGGGCACACUUGGAUGCCCCGGUGGGCACCAUGGCACCCCCGGGCACCGCGUUGGGGACCCCUGCACUAGAGGGUAUUGCUCAGUAGUCACCUGAAGUGGAGUACCUGGGGGACACUACUCAAAGAAGGAGAGGUUACUCAUCCUGUGCAGUAACUGUAGUUCUUCAAGAUGUGUGUCCCUAGUGAUGCUCCACUACCCGCCCUCUUUCCCCCCUGCUUUGGAGUUUCUGCUAUGGAACUUUGCAGUAGAGAAGCAACUGAGGGUGGUUUGCCCAUGCAGCUCUAUAUAGCCUUGGUGUGGCACAUGGAGUUGUGUAGGGUUCAUGUGUGUACUGAACAAGCACUACUACUUAAAAUCUUACCAAAAGCGCAUGUGCACCUGCAGUGGAGCACCUAUAAGACGACGUAUUUUGAAGAACUACUGUUACUGCACACUGUGAGUAACCUUUUCUUCGGCUAGCAUAACUCCAUUGACUAAAUUUUAGUUACCCUAGCAAAGAAUUUGGUCUGUUUAUUCCAAUUCACAAUUAUUGAGAUCAUCCUAAUCAGACAAUUCCCUAAUAACUAUUACCUUUCCUGUAAUCUGCACCUCUGUAUUAUUGUUCCACUCUGGUUUUGUUGAACUUUCACUGCAUGUACUGUGUUUAUUGAUUUAUGGUGCUUGGUUACACUUGUGUGAAGCUGUUUUCUGUUCCAAAAUUGGUACUGAUUCCAUUCUUUAUAUUUGUUAACUCACUCAGUUUCAGUUAAUUUUGCAUUGGUGGUCACAUCAAUAAAUACCAGUUUCAUUAAGGUGCUGUGCCUUCCACUUGCUGCUACGAAUUUUGUAUUAUUUACUUGGUGUUAUGUUUGCUUCUCUAUUUUGAGUAGAUAUAUGAAUAACUUGAUUAUAGGUCUG